AUGGGUUUCGCCGACUUCUUCUCUGACGUCUACGCCUCCAUGGGCUUCUCCGAGGCCCAAGCUGAGGCUCCCGCCGCCGACGUUGAGGAGUCCACCACCACCCAGGACGAGCCCGCUGAGAAGACCGAGGAGACCACCGAAGAGUCUUCCGAGGAGACCGAGUCCGCUGAGGAGACCCCUGCUGAGGAGUCUGAGGCCCCCGAGGAGGAGGAGCCUGAGGCUGAGGAGGCCGAGGAGGAGGAAGAGGAGGAGGAGGAGGAGGAGGAAGAGGAAGAGCCUGAAGACAUCAAGCCUAAGCUUGAGGAGGAGUGCGCCCACUCCUCUCAGUGCGCCCCCUACAAGCACCACUACGAUGAGUGUGUCGAGCGCGUCACCCGCCAGGAGGAGCAGGGUGAUGACUUCAAGGGUCCCAAGGAGGACUGCGUUGAGGAGUUCUUCCACCUCACCCACUGUGUCACCGCCUGCGCCGCCCCCAAGCUCUGGCGUCAGCUCAAAUAA